CAAUCAAGGUAAUAUAACUCUGCUGGUUCUGUCAAUCUGACAAUAUUUCAUGUCCUCUCUUGAAGUACAUGCAGUUCAAUGACCAUCGAAUGUCACUAUGAUGCCCAAGCCUGUACUUGCACAUAUAAUGGAAACAAAUAUCCCCCUGGCAAUACCAUCUAUAACACAACAGAUGGACAUGGUAACUGCAUCACAGCAGUGUGUGGGAAUGACGGUACCAUUGACAAGGAGUCAUACCCGUGCCCAGUACCCACACUAACAACAUCUAUGUCCAUUGCAACCACUACUACAGCAAGCCACUCUUCAACCACGUUUGUUUUUACAUCAACCACACCAGAGCUAGUCACAGUCACAGUCACGAGAAAAUCUACUCCUGAAACACCUUCAAUCUCAACUGCAAAACCCCCAGUAAAACCUACAACAACAGAAAGUGUUACUGAAACAUCUUGUCAGGAAACAUUCUGCUACUGGUCACGGUGGAUAAGUUCAGACUACCCUGAAUAUGGUCCUGGACGUGGAGACAAUGAAACCAUAAAACACAUUAUCCAGAGAGGAUAUAACAUCUGUGACAAUCCAGUGGCAGUGGUGUGUCAAGCUGUGCACUAUCCAGGUGUUCCACUAGACGAACUGGGACAAACAGUAACAUGUAAUAACCAAGGACUUCUGUGUAAGAACAGCUUACAAAACCCCCCCAUGUGUUACAAUUAUGAAAUAAAGGUGUCCAACACCAUCAACUGCCCCUACAAAUAUUCCAACUUCAACACCUUCAACUACCACAUACGUAGCACCUUCCAGCACAACUGA